AUGAGCCUCAUUCGUGCCUUGCAAGUUAGCCUCUCAAUUGCUAAUCAUGCCGUCGUGCCCAGGUUCAACCAGCACCUCCUCUACGACACGACUCCGAUGCCCGAUGACAUCCCGAAGGUGCAGGAGAUCGGUGCCACCUCUGCCCCGCUGCUGAGCGCGUCCUUCUUCAUUGGCGACCGCUGCCGGGCCUACAACGAUGACUACAUGAAGUGCAAGGAGGAGGCCAAAGGACGGGGCGAGCUGGAAUGCUUGAAGGAGGGUCGAAAGGUCACUCGUUGCGCUGCGAGCGUGAUCAAGGACAUCAACACGCACUGCUUGAAGCAGUUCAACGCACACUGGGAGUGCCUCGAGAACAACAACCACCACCUCUGGGAGUGUCGGAAGCCGGAGAUGGAAUUGAACAACUGUGUGUUUGAGAAGCUGGGAUUGAAGAAGGUCAUCCCCGGAACCCCAGAGGGUGAGACCCCAAUUCACCUGCGGCCAAAGCAGCUCUACGCACAAUACCCUGGACCGCAAUACUAG